AUGGAACAACGCAGACCAGUUAAAAGUAAACCAAAUACUCAGGGGAUACCAGAUGAAGAUAUCUCCACUUCAAGAGUGAUAAAGGCACUCUUUCUUACGUUUCUUUCGCUAUUUGCAAUCGUACUUUGGGGUUAUCAUUCAGUUUGGGCAGUUAAGGUGAUGAUUUACAAUACGUAUGGUAAUUUCUUCAAUAAUUUAGUAUUCGGGCCAGGUACUUUGAUUGCUCAUGGUGGUUUAAGUAUUAAGCUUGUUACUUAUUUAAAUGUGAUACUAUUAGAUGAUAAGAUCGAUGCAGAUCAUAAAAAGUAUCUUUAG